CUAGUGUAUUUUUUGUCCUAAGAUCACAACUUUAUAAUCAACCACAAAUAAAAAUAACACUCACACGAUUUCAUUGACUCUUCAUCUCUCUCUCUCUCUCUCUCUCUCUCUGUGCCAAUGGCGGAUCCAAUCUCCAAGCCUCUGAUUGCGUUUCUGCUCAUAGCUUCUCUGCUGCUGUGCUCACAAGCUUCCUCUGACGUUCCCUUCAUCGUCGCUCACAAGAAGGCUUCUCUCAACAGGCUCAAGACUGGCGCUGAAAGAGUCUCUGUCACCAUCGAUAUCUACAACCAAGGAACCUCGACGGCAUAUGAUGUGAGUCUGGCAGAUGAGAGCUGGCCAGCGGACCUUUUCAGUAUAAUCAGCGGUACCACUUCAAAGACAUGGGAAAAGCUUGAUGCUGGUGGUGUCCUCUCUCACACAUUUGAGCUGGAGGCAAAAUCAAAGGGAGUAUUUUCUGGUGAACCAGCUGUCAUCAAGUUCCGUGUUCCCACAAAUGCUGCUUUACAGGAGGCACUUUCAACUCCCAUAUUGCCAUUAGAUGUUCUUGCUGACAGGCCCCCGGAGAAGAAGUUUGAAUGGGUAGGUUUCUUGUAUACAUGAUGAUUACAUUAAUCAAUCUAAUUUAUUUGCAUUGACUAACAUGUUACUUUUUUGUUUUCAUGUAUUAAUAUUUGGUUGGACUGGAUUUCUCAGGCUAAGGUAUGGACAAAUAUUUUAUGUUUGUUAUUGCAAAUUUUGAAAUUAUUCUUUGAAUGAUAUAAUUGCCUAUUUUAAUUGAGAAAUGGAUGGUUUUGGGUGUACUGGUGCAACCAACAAGGGUUUAUUUGGUUUCAGAAAACAUUUUUUUUGUUCACUUUUAAUUACAAAACAGUCACCUUAUUUUCAUUUUUUUAUGUUUUCAAGGUGGUCCGCACAGGAAAUGUGGCAACAAAUAACUUGUUUUGAUUGUAACCUGUACAAACCUUAAAAUAUAGAAACAAAAUGAAAACAGAGUAGCAGAUUUGAAGUUAAAGUUGCAUCAGGAAUUAAAAUAGAAAAUAUUUUCUUACCAUGUUUUUCUUAUUAGUGCACUUUUGUCUCCUAGUAUGUGUUCCACAAAGAAACAACACCAAAACUUACAAAUCUUCUGCAUGUGUUCUUUUAGACUACGUUAUUGAUUUAUCAUAGUCUAAUGCCUUCACCUUAAUAUCAAAAUGUUUUUGUCCACAGAGGUUGCUGGCUAAGUAUGGAUCUCUAAUCUCGGUGAUCAGCAUUAUCGUUAUGUUUGUGUACCUGGUAGCCACUCCAUCAAAAUCAGGCGGUAAAGGAGGCAAGAAGAAGCGUUAAUCUUCGACAAUUUAGUACCUUUGCAAUCAGACAUCGGAGGCUAGAGCGUGAUAUUCUGUCUGCGGUCAGUUUUCACCUAGUUAGAACACAUGUUUUUGAACUUUUUGAAUGAAUGGUUAAAUGAGUUAGUGAGAGAACAAUUGUAAUUUCUUGACGGCAUAAUCUAGACAGUUGUUUUCAGUUCUCACAUGAAUGUUAUGGAUCUUAGCUAGCAAAAUUAUAUCAAUCGAUCAUGUGAUCUCAUAGCUA